AUGACUGUUAUUGAAGACACCAUGGGGGCCAGAGUGGCUGCAAGGACCAGAAAUAUGAAAAGCAGCAGUAAUUACAGGGAGAAGGAAGUAGACGAUAUGACUGCGGACAUUCUAGAUUCAGAAGAUGACGACAGUAAAAAAGGCAACGACAAAAAUGAUGAUGCCCCCGUAUGGUUACAAGACGACGUUCGUUCAGACGAAGAUAUUGAGCUGAACUCAGAGGACGAUUCCGACACAGAAGCCAUCCAAGCCCAAAUGGUGGAUACAUUGAGUAAAGACACGAAGUCAGAGCAAAGUUCCUUGGACACUGAAUUGUCUGAAAUGGAUACUAAGACCGUUUCUCUAAAAUUGAAGAAAUUGAACGAGUUCGUGAGGCAAAGUCAAGUAUAUUCCAGUAUCAUCGCAGAUACUUUACUACAAAAAUCCAAUGAGGUUGCUAAUUCUAAUAUCAAAGAUGGUGACGACAUCAGUAGUCAAGAACAGCCUUCCAAAAGACAUAAAACAAAAAAAAAAUCAAUAACAGAUUUUUUCAAAAAGCAGAAAAAGGAUGAAAAUAUCGCCACUCCACAGAAUUCUUCAGAUGAUAUAGCCGUAAAACAACCUCGUCUGGUGAGAAACUGCACUUUAAAACCUUAUCAAUUAGAAGGCCUCAACUGGCUGAUUACUCUCUAUGAAAAUGGUCUCAAUGGAAUCCUCGCUGAUGAAAUGGGUCUUGGUAAAACUGUUCAAAGUAUUGCUCUUUUAGCGUUCAUAUAUGAAAUGGAUACAAAGGGCCCAUUUCUGGUGGCUGCACCUUUAAGUACCCUAGAUAAUUGGAUAAACGAAUUUGCAAAAUUCGCACCUGACCUACCAGUUUUGAAAUAUUAUGGGGCCAAUGGUUAUAAAGAACGUUCCACAAAGUUGAAAAACUUCUUUAAGCUACAUGGUGGCACGGGAGUCAUUAUUACAUCAUAUGAAAUUAUUCUAAGAGAUACUGAUUUGAUCAUGAGUCAAAAUUGGAAGUUUUUAAUAGUCGAUGAAGGCCACCGUUUAAAAAAUAUAAAUUGCAGGCUCAUCAAAGAAUUGAAGAAAAUCAAUACUUCGAACAGACUGUUGCUGACAGGAACACCUUUACAAAAUAAUCUGGCCGAAUUAUGGUCACUUUUGAAUUUCAUCAUGCCUGAUAUUUUUGCCGAUUUCGAAAUAUUUAAUAAAUGGUUUGAUUUUGACAGUUUAAACUUAGAAUCCGGUUCAAACUCUGAGGCAUUAAAUAAGCUAAUCAACGAUGAAUUACAGAAGAAUUUGAUUUCAAAUUUGCACACAAUUCUAAAACCAUUUCUUUUGAGAAGGUUGAAAAAAGUUGUUCUGGCAAAUAUUCUACCCCCAAAGAGGGAAUAUAUUAUAAAUUGCCCAAUGACAGUGGUACAGAAAAAAUUCUACAAAGCAGGAUUGAAUGGAAAGCUAAAGAAAACUUUGUUUAAGGAACUGAUCAAAGACUUUUUCACUUUGAAUGAUGACUAUAUUGGUCACAUUUCAAACCGAUCCAUAAGAGAUUUUAUUGACUUUAAACUAUCCAGUAAUGAAAGUUCUAAUACAGACAAUAAAAUCAAUUCUACUUUGUUACAAAUGGACAAAUUAUAUAAGGAAAAUCUGCAGGUCGAAAUAUCAAAUAAAAAGUUACAGAACAUGAUGAUGCAACUAAGGCAAAUAAUUGACUCAACCUUUUUGUUUUACUUUCCAUACUUACAUCCAGAGGAUUUGACUUUGGAGAAUCUUUUAAAGACAUCUGGAAAAUUACAAACAAUACAAAGGUUAAUUCCCCCAUUAAUUUCUGAAGGGCACAAGGUACUGAUCUAUUCUCAGUUUGUGAACAUGCUUGACUUGAUUGAAGAUUGGUGCGAUUUAAACUCGUUCGCGUCAUUUCGAAUUGAUGGUUCAGUAAAUAAUGAAACAAGAAAGGCUCAGUUAGAGAAAUUUAAUAGCUCGAAAGAUAAACACAAGAUUUUUCUGUUAUCCACAAGAGCCGCAGGUUUGGGUAUCAACCUAGUCGGGGCAGAUACAGUGGUCCUGUUUGAUAGUGACUGGAACCCACAGGUAGACUUACAAGCCAUGGACAGGUGUCACCGUAUUGGUCAAGAAUCACCAGUUAUAGUAUACAGAUUGUGUUGCGAUAAUACUAUUGAACAUGUUAUAUUAACUCGAGCAGCUAAUAAGCGGAAUUUGGAAAGAAUGGUUAUUCAAAUGGGAAAGUUUAACAGCCUGAAAAAACUGGCGUUAAAUGAAGGUUCAUUUCUGAAGGCAAACAAAGUGGGUGUUAAUGUCACUAAUAAAGACUUAGUGCAAGAAUUAUCUAUGCUUUUAAUGAGUAACGAAUCCAGUAUUGGGUUCAAAAGUGAGAGACAGAAAGAAGAUAACUCUACUGAGGGCCAACUAACUGAUAAAGAGAUCGAGGAACUAACUGAUAGAUCACUUGAAGCAUACAAGACUAACAGGGUGGUAAAUCUACCCCACGUUAGGCUAUUUGAAACCACUUCCGGUUUUUAG